AUGCAGAAGAUCAAUAAGAACGUGGUUCUGGCGCUCCUUUCGCUGACCAGCCUGGUUUUCCUCCUCUUCCAGCUGUACUAUUACAAGUUCUACCUGUCGCAGAAGAAUGGAGCAGUUUUUUCCAAGGUCAGAGGAAGCCAUUCAGGCCAAGACAGCACGAGAUGGCAUGUGGUCAAUAAGUUCCUAGGCUUAAUAUCCAGUCACAAUAUACCAGUGUAUUUGAUCGAUCCUUUGAUUCUGGGACUGGUUGAUAAAGACAUUGAACAGAUCAGAAGUUCUCCUGGUGGCCCCAGUCCAGAAUGCAAGUACUUUUGUGCUCCAAGAGACUUUACUACAUUUGCACUACUGGACAAAACAUGGAAACAUGAAGUGGGCCUUUUCAGAACUGCUGAGAAAAUGGGGUUCCAAUGGCUAAAGAUUAUAAACAAGGACCCACGCUUGGAUGGGAUGGAUGACCUAUCAGGGAUUGAAAUUCCCUUGCACUACAUUUUUAAACUGGCAUCUCAUGCCAUUCACCUGGUGGUCUUCUAUGAGAGGAGUGGUAAUUAUCUCUGGCAUGGCCCUCUGAGACUCAAGCAACAUAUGGACAGAAAGUUUGUGCCUUUCCGGAAACUCCACUUUGGUCGCUACCCUGGAGCAUAUGAAAAGCCAGAACUUCAGCUUGUUUCCAUUGAUGACUUAAAAGUUCAUAUUCCAAAAAAUCCGUCCAGUUUUCUAGAGGAGAUGUCACAGUCUAGGUUUCUUGAAUGUAGGUACAGAGAAGCUCGGGCUUUCUUUCAGCUGUACCCUGAUGAUGCCUCUCUUGAUGCAGUGGAAUUCAGAAAAAAAGCAAAAUCCUUGCUCCAUAUGGCUGUCCUGACACUGAAUAACUUGGGAGUAAAGUUCUGGCUGAGCAGUGGAACAUGCCUUGGCUGGUACAGACAGUGCAAUGUCAUUCCUCACAGCAAAGAUGUGGAUUUGGGAGUCUUCAUAAGAGACUACAAAGCAGAUAUCAUUCCAGCCUUUCAGAAAGCAGGGUUAUCACUGAAGCACAAAUUUGGCAAGGUAGAAGACAGCUUGGAACUCUCUUUCCAGGGAGAAGAUGGUGUGAAACUUGAUAUUUUUUUCUUCUAUGAAGAGGAUGACCACAUAUGGAAUGGAGGAACUCAGGCCAAAUCGGGCAAGAAAUUUAAGUAUCUGUUUCCAAAGUUUACUCUGUGCUGGACUGAAUUUGUAGAACUCAAGGUACAUGUGCCCUGUGAAACCCUUCAGUAUGUUGAAGCCAACUAUGGCUCGGAUUGGAAGGUUCCUGUGAAGACGUGGGACUGGAAGAGCUCCCCACCCAAUGUGCACUACAAUGGUGUCUGGCCUGUUGAUGAGUGGGAUGAUGUCAUUCAAGUCUACUGA